AUGCCCGUGCUCGCCGAACAGCCGCGCCAUCUAUCCAUUUCUUUUGACGAGCCAACCCUCUCCGACCGCCUGCGCCAUCGCGAUUCACGCUCCCAGACGCACCGUUUUGCCAUUGAAGAGGAGGACGCGAGCACAGGCACCGCCAGCGAGCCUGCCGAGCCUCUCACCCCAACCAGCCAUAGCAGCGAUGGCCCGUCUUUCCACCACCCUUUCCCAGACGAUGACUCGGUAGACGAUGUCUUUGCCACCCCACGCCCGCUGCCCAGCGACACC